UGUGUUACAGUGACGGUGUGAAUGUGUUUGUUGUCAUGAGAAAGAUGUUGAGUCUGAUAUCUACAGUGUUGAGGGGCAGCGCGGGCCGCAAUGGGAUUGAGCUUGUGUCUGAGUACACAGUGACAUGAGACGACGUUCCUCCAGGACCAGGGAGCUACAGAGAACAGCACAGAGAUAAAGCUCUACACCAGGCAGUUAGCUGUUGCACCUCCUCUCUGUAUGCUGCCUCGUCGUUCUUGCCGAUGAGACCCACCACGGUCGUGUCUGUAUGGUUCAGUCUGUGCAUCGCUGCACAGUCGUGAGUCAGCAGAGUGAACAGCAGUGGACUGAGCACACAGCCCUGAGGGGCUCCAUUGUUCAGUGUGAUGAGUAGCAGAGUGAUAAUGUCAGCUAGGACCUACGCAGACUUCACCCCUCAGGCCACCUUCGAAAUUAAGAAGUGUGAUUUGCAUAAGCUGGAGGAGGGGCCAUCAGAGAAGGCGGUGCUCACAAGGGAGGAGGGGCUUAAGUACUACAGAACCAUGCAGUUGAUGAGGAGAAUGGAGCUGAAAGCUGAUCAGCUCUACAAACAGAAGAUCAUACGUGGCUUCUGUCAUCUGUAUGAUGGACAGGAAGCAUGUGCUGUGGGGAUUGAGGCUGGAAUAAACCUCACAGAUCACCUCAUCACAGCUUACCGUGCUCACGGAUACACACUCACCAGGGGCGGUACUGUGCGUGAGAUCAUGGCCGAGCUCACGGGUCGUCGUGGUGGUAUUGCUAAAGGAAAGGGUGGUUCUAUGCACAUGUAUGCCAAAAACUUCUAUGGGGGAAAUGGAAUUGUGGGAGCGCAGGUCCCACUGGGUGCUGGAGUCGCACUGGCCUGUAAAUACAAGGAGAAGAACGAGCUGUGCGUCUGUCUCUAUGGAGACGGAGCAGCCAAUCAGGGUCAGAUAUUUGAGACAUAUAACAUGGCAUCUUUGUGGAAGUUGCCAUGUAUUUUUAUCUGUGAGAAUAAUAAAUACGGCAUGGGGACAUCUGUGGAGCGAGCAGCAGCGAGCACUGACUACUACAAACGAGGAGACUUCAUCCCUGGGCUGAGGGUGGACGGUAUGGAUGUGUUGUGUGUUAGAGAGGCCACCAGAUUCGCUGCAGACCACUGUAGAUCUGGGAAGGGCCCAAUACUGAUGGAGCUCCAGACCUACCGUUACCAUGGACACAGCAUGAGUGACCCCGGCGUCAGUUACCGUACACGUGAAGAGAUCCAGGAGGUACGCAGUAAGAGCGAUCCUAUCUCCUUGCUGAAGGACCGCAUGAUCAGUAACAACAUGGCCAGUGUGGAGGAGCUCAAGGAGAUCGAUGUAGAAGUGAGAAAGGAGAUUGAGGACGCAGCCCAGUUCGCCACCACAGACCCUGAGCCUCCACUGGAGGAUUUGUGUGAUCACAUCUUCUACAACAAUCCUCCUAUAGAUGUGCGUGGCACUAACCCCUGGGCCAAGCUCAAAUCUGUCAGCUAAAUCCACACCAGCAGUGAACAUAGUACACACACACACACACACACACACACACACACACACAGUUUAAAGCUUUGUCCUUCUCCUAAGUAAAGGGAAAAAAUAUCACUAAUAUUAAAUACUGCCUGAGUGUGAGCUCACGUGAUUUACUGAAUUAAAUGUAGCAUUAAAUCUAUCAACAGCAGCAUGGAAGAGCGGAAGGUGUUAGUACAUGUGUUAGUACACUGUGUGUCACUAGUGAUCAGAUGACCCUGUGUGUGUGUGUGUGUGUGUGUGUGUGUGUGUGUGUGUGUGUGUGUGUGUGUGUGUGUGUGUGUGUGUGUGUGUGUGUGCAGUGAUUUAUUAUUUAUAAGAGUUUUUAUUUAAUUGCCAAAACAAUUGUGAUUGUGAAAUUAUUUAGAGCAGAAUGAAAACACAGGAUUGUGGGAAAUGUUACAGAUUUGCUCUUGUUGUGUGUGUGUGUGUGUGUGUGUGUGUGUGUGUGUGUGUGUGUGUGUGUGUGUGUGUGUGUUACUGGUUUAGAAUGAUAGAUAGAUAGAUAUUUCAGUUCUAUAACAAUAAAGGACAGGGUGUAUAAGUGAGUGUAAUAUUGUAAUAUCAUUCACUCCGGUCAAGGGCACAGUCAUUAAAGUGAAAUGUGGUCAAAGGUCA